AUGAAUGAAGACACUGAAGGAGGGAGGCAGCCUCAGGUAGCCGCGAUCAGCUGACAUUGAAGCGCCACACCACCCAAUGCCUGCACGCCUCGCUCCUUCACCUUCCUGCACACAAAAUGAGUCUUGGAUUGCUGUCACGCGUGCUUCCCCAAUCAUAUAGAAAUGGGUCCAAGUUUAUGAAAAAAAUUGCCAGUGAAGGCUGUUUGCCCAACCCCUCAGUGGCAGCAGCACCAGGGAUAAGGUUCCUGCACAUGCCGGAAGCUGGCGACACACCCACACAGACAAUUAGGGAUGUAAUAAGCAACCUGACGAGUAAGGUUGGUGCGGCUCGCAGCUUCACAGAGACUGUGGACCGCAGCCAUCUACUUCUGCUGCUGCCGUGCUCCCAGGAUGAACUUCCAACUCGGACCAUGAAGGACAGCUGGGACAGUGCCAUUAUUCCACUAGGUUCGGAAGAGAGGCUGCGAGAGAAGUACGUCACCUUCAUGGGCGGUGUGAGGGUAGGCCGCCUCCUGGAAGAUCUGGAUGUGUUUGCUGUGUGGCUGUGUUACAAACACAUCAAGAACCCGCAUCAAACACCAGACUUGCCAAGUCCCUACAGCAUUGUGACAGCACUGGUGGAUCGCAUUGACUUUAGCCGAGGCUGGUCCUUGCAUCCUGAUAGGGACAUUCGUCUCUCUGGCCACGUGUCCUGGGCAGGUCGCUCCUCGCUUGAAACAGUCAUCAUUGUAGAGCAGAGAGUGGACAAUGCCUGGAGGCAGGUAACACGGGCAGUCUUUGUGAUGGUUGCCCGUGAUCCGCUGAAUCAAGGCUCAGCUGUAGUCAAUCCUCUGGUGUGUGAAACCCCAGAGGAGAAGAGAAUAUACCAGGCAGGCGAGGUGAACAAAUUACACCGCAAGAUGCUUCAGGAGGAGAGUCUGUUCCGAGUCCCUCCCAACGAAACAGAAAAGACAUUAGUUCAUGAGCUGUUCAUGUCACUGGCCAAUCCCAAAGAGUUGUCCUUCACCUCCAAGAAGGAGCCAGAGAACUCAGUGUGGAUGGAGGACACCAAGCUCAAGAAUCUCAUCAUCUGCCAUCCUGAGUCUCGCAAUAUCUUCAACAAAAUCUUUGGUGGAUACUUGAUGCGAAUGGCAUUUGAAUUAUCCUUGGUCAAUGCUCAUUUGUUUAGUAAGCAGCGGCCCAGGUGUCUACACAUUGAUGACAUCUUGUUCCGCAGGCCAGUGGAAAUUGGCUCUCUGCUCUAUUUGAACUCACAAGUGGUGUACACUGAGGGGUCCCACAUGCAGAUCAGCACCAAGGCGAGUGUCAUGGAUGCAGCCACGUCAUCCAUCAAUCUCACCAACAUCUUUCACUUCACAUUUGAGGCUGACCAGCCUGUGCCCGCCUCUCUCCCCAAGACUUACCAUGAAUCCAUGCUGUACCUUGACGGCCGCCGCCACUACCAGCUAGUGACAGGGGUGCGCAAGUUCUAUGGCCAAGGAGAAACCUCAUCUGAUUCUUCCCUUUAGUUAAGAAUUAGAGUGCUGAACUGAAGAGCUGCUCCUAGGUUGCACAGGCAUUUUGAGGACAGGUAUUUGCAUAAUAGAGAUUAUUGUGACUACUGUUAACUGGCAGUUUUGUUUUUGUACAGUUAUCCAUGCACACUUAGAUGAGUAAGGUACUGGUAAGAGAAAUGCUUACUGAUUCUCUACAAAAAAUAAUGCUUGUCUUGAGAUUGCUUUAUAAGAUAGAAAUGAUCUCUAGAUAAGGUACCCAUGACCUCUGACACAGUGUGUUUUAUCGAGUCUGACAAAAAGGGGUUGUUCUGCAUAAAGGUUACAAGAAGAAACAUAGGUGGUCUGUGUCAUAAAAACAAUUGUGUACAUAGUAAAAGGGCUGAGAUACAAUACCUGUAAGUAAUGUGGUUGAACUGUGUCUCAUGAACUUGUCAGAAGUGCUUAAAGAAGGAGGGUGGGAUGGCUUGUGCCCCAGAUACUGUUAAUGUUGGAGGUCAUGAUUGCAUAAGACCAGUACUGCACAAACAUUAUGAAUUUAAUGAUCUCUACUCAUUUACAGAUAAUUUCAACCUUUACUUAUGUAGUGCAGACAAACCCCUGAUGGCAUUACAGCAGAGCCACAUAUGUAAGCCAAAAACCAAACGUAAACCAAAAGUUAUGUGAGGCAAAACUUUUUUUUUUGUGUUGAUGAGUUUGUGUGGCUUGCUUAUAAUUAGUCAGUUUGUCUGGGCCACCCUGUGUGGGAUUGCCAGCCUGGUUUAUAGAUAAAUAGAUAGAACACAUGAAACUUGGAGGUGUUGCUUGUUAAGUUGGUUAGUAUGCCAUGAAUAUUGUAUAGUGCUUGUUUUGUCCAGAAAAAAAGGAAUGUUAUAUAUAUAUAUAUAUAUAUAUAUAUAUAUAUAUAUAUAUAUAUAUAUAUAUAUAUAUAUAUAUAUAUAUAUAUAUAUAUAUAUAUAUAUAUAUAUAUAUAUAUAUAUAUAUAUAUAUAUAUAUAUAUAUAUACUGUAAAUGUUGUUGUGGUAAUUAAUAAUUUAUAACAAUUGGCCUUUCUGGUUAAUUAUGUAUGUAGUACAACAAAAGUGCAUGUUGCUAUUAAAUCACUAUUUAUCUAAAAGUCCAAAGACUAUUUAAGUUAGGCAUAUGUAACAUGUUAUAAAAUCUAAAGGGUAAAUAUACCUCAUGAAACAUGCUCUAUAUUGUACUACAUCCCUUUUUAAUCUAACGUGUAAUGACAGGACAAUCAAAAUUGACCAAAAGUAACUCAGCCCUUGGUGAUCAUCUUGGCCUGUUACUCUUGUAUUACUGUGAGUGUCCCGCUGGGGGUUCAGUUCAUGGACACAGACUCUUAUGGCUGAUUCAUCUCACCUUUAGAUUGCCUUAGAUUUCUUGGAUGCUUCAAAAGGAGACAUGACACCCACCUUUUUUAAUUCUGUCUUUUGAAACAAAAUGUAAUCAGUAAAUCUAAUGUGAGCUACUUCUCUUCCUUGGAAUAACUGCUGUGAGGGAGCCAUGACAAGUUUCCAUUUGCUCCUGCAGGUAUAUUUCUGUAUUACACCCUCUGCCCCUCUCAGCAUCCUUUCCUCUCAUAUUCCAGCAAUCUUCACAUUUUAUGGAGGUUUUUUCUUACACCCACAGGAUUUGCUCUUGUGAGUAUUGUCACUUCACUUAACCUUCCAUAUACAGUAUUUCUAUUAUGAUCACCAUUCACCCAUUCACAAACUGUACUCAAGUGACUCAUCAUAUUCAAUAAGUAUACAGUAAGUAAACUGAAAGGAAAAA